CCCGGACGAUCCGGUUCCGCGUCACCUCUCCCCCCGGCGAAAGCGGCGGCGAAGCACAGCAACAGCAUCAUGUCAGGCGCGGCGGCGGCGGGGGUGCUUCCGAAGGCGGUGACCUUCGUGACGGGUAACGCCAAGAAGCUGGAGGAGGUCCGCGCCAUCCUCGGCUCCUCCAUCCCCUUCCAGUCCCUCAAGCUCGACCUCCCUGAACUGCAAGGUGAACCAGAGGACAUAUCUAAAGAGAAAGCACGAAUGGCUGCAUCCCAGGUGAAUGGGCCUGUACUUGUUGAGGACACCUGCCUAUGCUUCAAUGCACUCAAAGGAUUACCAGGGCCGUACAUAAAAUGGUUCCUUGAGAAAACUGGGCAUGAAGGUUUGAACAAUUUGUUGGUAGCUUAUGAAGAUAAAUCAGCUUUUGCUAUGUGCAUCUUUUCUCUUGCUCUUGGACCAGGAGAAGAACCAAUCACAUUCGUUGGGAAAACAAUGGGAAAGAUUGUGCCUGCUAGAGGACCUGCUGAUUUUGGAUGGGACCCUGUUUUCCAACCAGAUGGUUUUGAUCAAACCUACGCGGAGAUGCCCAAGUCAGUGAAGAAUCAAAUAUCUCAUAGGGGGAAAGCUCUUUCUUUGGUAAAAGAACACUUUGCAGCUGCCAACUAUAAAGUUCAGAGCGAUGGUUCAGCUUGAACUUGGUGGGAUUCUGUCUGUACUUCCAUAGUGAUUUUUGCCAGUUCCCCAAGUUGUGAGGACCAUUUGAAGAUGUCAAAUACAUUGAAUACGUUUGGCCUAUCUAUCUGGAUGUGAAUUAAUUGCUUGUGCAACGUGCUCUGUCCCUGAAUUUGAAUGUA